AACAGUUUAUUUUGACCACGAAGAAAAUCACCAUUUAUCGUAUUUUUUCCUGACGAUCAAGAAAUUCCGAGCUACUGCAUCUCAAACACAGAAACUGAGUCUACUAAGACAACCAAACUCAACAUGACUAAGUUCAUUUCCGCCUUCGAGGACUUCUUUAAGUCCAUCUAUGAGCUCUUCGCCUCCAUCAUUGGUACGAUUGCCUCAUUGAUUAAUACUUUGAUUUCUACGAUUAUCAGCUUCUUCUCGGGUAUCGUCAACCUCUUCACCGAUGUCAUCAAGGGCGCAGUAAAUGUCGUUGGAGGUAUUGGACGUUUCAUCUUUGGAAACAUUGUCGUCAUCGGCAUUCUCGCUGCUGGAUUUAUUAUCUACACUCGCUCACAGCAGGGAAAACCUCUUGUGCCUACGAAGAAGACGAAUUAAGAUGGAAGAAGCAUAUAAUUACUAGCACCGGGAUAGGAAGAACAUGGAUCAGUGUGCAAUACUGAAGUGUUUGUUUGCAAAGCUGGACACUAGUGGGGCUGAAUAGCUGGGUGGCUGGAGGGCUGGCGGGUUGGCAGACCGGCGGGGAAUGGUUAUGUUAAUGACUUGUCGAGGACUGUUCGCUGAUGUGAUACCCCGCUGAUACCACCAAUAUUAAAGUAGCUUUAUCA